CCAGUCCCUUCUCCUGUCCUGUCUGCAUGUGCAUGUCCAUACCAGAGCCCCCCAUUAACACCCCUCCAGACGGCCUCAGAGGGUUGAAGGCCAGCGGCUGGAUGCCCAGAUUGAGCCCAUUGAAGAGGAUGUUUCCAGGGGACUGGAGCUGGAAGGAGACUCACUGGGGUCUAUCUGCAGGAGAGCCACGCUAUUGGCCGCCGAGGGGCCUCAUAAGAGGAGGAGCUGAGCACGAAUGUUUGGUUUCCAGCUGUCAGUCAUAUAACAGUAUAUUCACCUGUGCAAGGCAGAAAUGGACGACCAGGGCUGUCCACGAUGCAAAACCACCAAAUACAGGAACCCGUCUCUGAAGCUGAUGGUGAACAUCUGCGGUCACACGCUAUGCGAGAACUGUGUGGAGAUGCUAUUUGUGCGUGGCUCGGGUAACUGCGUGCAGUGCGACACGCCCCUGAGGAAGAGCAACUUCCGCGUGCAGCUCUUCGAAGACCCCACCGUAGAUAAGGAGGUGGAGAUUCGCAAGAAGGUGCUGAAGAUAUACAACAAGAGAGAUUUUGACUUCCCCAGCCUGAGAGAAUAUAACGACUUUCUGGAGAAAGUGGAGGACAUAGUGUUUAACCUGACAAACAACAUUGAUGUGGAGAACACCAAGCUGCGGAUGGAGCAGUACCAGAAGGAGAACAGAGAUACCAUCCAGAGGAAUAAGGUUAAACUGACGCGAGAGCAGGAGGAGCUGGAGGAGCUGCUGUUGCUGGAGCAGCAGGGCAAUGAGCAGCGGAGAUUGGACUUAUUACAGGACGAGCAGAGGCAGCUGCAGGCCAAGAGAAAGAACAAGCAGGCUCUGCUGGACGAGCUGGAGCAGUCUCAACUCCCUGCCACCAUCUUGCUGGCCCAACACAAGGUCCGUGCUGCCAAGCUGGAGACCCAGAUAGAGCAGCAGAAACAGGCGGUCAAACCUACCAAUCUAUUUUCAACUGGAAUCCAUAUGCGUCAGACAGUGUCUCUUCAGCCUCCUCCCAAGAUAGAGGAAGUUCUGUACCAAUACAAGCCUCUUCUAGUUGAAAUCUACGGACCACCGGUGCCUGAACUGGAGCAACUGGGCCGACUCGGGUAUCUGAACCACGUGCGGGCUGCCAUGCCUCAGGACACAGCUGGAGGAUACACCUCAACUUUGGCAUGUCAUCGAGCUAUUCAGGAUGCGUUCAGUGGGCUGUUCCCUCUGAAACGCUGAUCCAGAACUCCAAAAGCCGGUGGAUAGAAAUGUGAGUGAAAGGACAAUAAAAGCCACAGCGCUGCCACUACGGAGAGGGAGAAAGCUGCUGUGGUAGGUGGUACUCUGACUGAUCUUUGGUCAAGGUGUAAAGGAGUUUUUUGUAUUUUGUGUUAAUUUUAUAUUUAAAUAAAUCACAAUGAACAUUGAAAAAA